AUGACCAAUUUUUUAUACACAGAUUUAUCCGUAAGCCAUGUAUACAGCGAUACCGACGCCAGGGGUGAGACCUCCGGCGCUAAUCUCGUGGGCAAUCGCCGCCAGAUUGUCAUUAAUACGGGUAAUGGCGCUAAUGGUGGGAAAGGGGGCGCCGGAGGGGCCGGUCGUGUUAGGCACUCGAGCAAAGAUGAUAUGAAUGCAAAUUUUGAUGACUUCAUAAGCGAUAACAACAUUAAAACUGGUUAUAAACAGACGUGGAUUCACAACCGAUAUAGUCAUAGCGAUGGGAACGGGUAUGGAGUGCUGCCCAACACCGGCGCCGGCAAUGAUGGACAGCCAGGUGUUGAUGGCACUGAUGGCCAGUCCUCUGUGGUGGCAGUCAUUAACUGA